UACUUUUUAGCGGAAAUGCCCGGUAUCCGGUGGGUUUCGGAACAAACCGUUUUCACUCGUUAUUAGUCGUUACUCGCCGGAAAAAAAAAGGUCCACGAUGGCCGAAGCCCUAAACAGAUAGCCGGAGAGAGAGAGACAGAAUCAGAUCGGUGUUUGACAUUUCUACGUUGUUCGAGCUCCGUUGCUGCUCAAAUUUCUCUUACAACUCUAUAGCGGCAUGGAUUAAUGAACUAGGUUGCUAGAAGCCUAGAAAUACACAUAUGUAUCUGUACACGCCUGUAUUAGGUGAUUCGGUGAAUGAGAAGGAGUAAAGAUGAGCAUAGUGCCGAAGGAGACGAUUGAGGUGAUUGCGCAGAGCAUUGGCGUUAGCAAUUUGGUUCCAGAGGUGUUGCCCGCCCUCGCUUCCGAUGUCGAGUACCGCGUUCGUGAAAUUAUGCAGGAGGCUAUCAAAUGCAUGCGCCAUUCAAAGAGAACAACUUUAACUGCGGAUGAUGUGGAGAGUGCACUUAAGUUAAGAAAUGUGGAGCCUAUCUAUGGCGUUGCAUCGGGUGAUCCAUUGCGGUUUAAGAGAGCUGCUGGGCAUAACGAUUUGUUUUACGUUGAGGAAAAAGAUGUUGAAUUUAAAGAUGUGAUUGAAGCACCUCUACCAAAAGCUCCGCUCGAUACUGCCGUUGUUGCUCACUGGCUAGCUAUUGAAGGAGUACAACCUACAAUUCCAGAAAAUGUAUCAAUAGAAGUUCCUACAGAUCACAAGAAGACUGAUUACAAAGAGGAUGGAGCCCUUGUUGAUAUCAAAUUACCUGCUAAGCAUGUGCUGUCUCGGGAGCUUCAGCUCUAUUUCGACAAGGUCACAGAACUUGCAGUAAAUAAAUCCGGUUCCAUUAUUUUUAAACAAGCAUUAAUGAGCUUGGCGACUGACUCGGGACUCCAUCCAUUGGUUCCUUAUUUCACUUGUUUUGUUGCUGAUGAGGUUUUGCGGAAUUUGGAUCAUUUCUCGCUUCUUUUUGCGAUGAUGCGGCUUGCCCGGAGCCUUCUCCAAAAUCCACACAUACACAUCGAACCAUAUCUACAUCAAUUGAUGCCGUCUGUAAUUACCUGCCUUGUUGCCAAAAGGUUAGGCAAUAAGUACUCCGACAAUCACUGGGAACUUAGAGACUUCACAGCUAACCUGGUUGCUUCAAUAUGCAAGAGGUUUGGUCAUGUGUAUCACAAUCUUCAGUCUCGUGUGAUGAGGACUCUGCUCCAUGCUUUCUUGGACCCAACAAAAUCAUUGCCUCAACAUUAUGGUGCCAUUCAAGGUCUUGCAGCCCUUGGACCCCGAGUGGUUCGCUUGCUUGUACUACCAAAUCUUGCGCCGUAUUUGCAACUUCUGGAGACAGAGAUGCAACUUGAUAAGCAAAAGAAUGAGAUGAAGAGGCAUGAAGCUUGGCGUGCAUAUGGGGCUUUAUCAUGUGCAGCUGGUCUGUGCAUGUAUGAUCUGUUCCCUAAGGUUCUAUUUCCAACUCCACGUAUGACCUGGAAGAGCAAAGCAAAAGUGCUGACAGCCAUGCCAAAUAAACACAAAGCAAGGACAGACGACAUGAAGCACCAACCACCACUCAAGAAACUCGCCAUUGAGGGACCAAUGGGUGUAAUACCAUCUAACUCCAUGCCAGGAGACAUGCAAGGAGGAUUUUCCAAUUCUCCAAUGGGUACCGAUGCUGGUUUACCAUCAAUUUCACAGCAGCUGACGAAUGAGAGAACGUCAGGAAUGAGUAGCAGAAGGGAGAAGGUAGGUGGUCUGCCUCCAAACAUGCCGACUAUUCUUGCUCAGGCCUGGAAGGAGGAUAUGGAUGCAGGGAAUUUGCUGCCGUUGCUAGUUGAAUAUUUUGGCGAAAGCAUGCUAUCCUUCGUCCCUAUGCCAGAAUUGUCUUUCUUCUUGUAAUUAGUAGGAAAUAAUGGAUGAUAUAUUUGAUAGUCCCAAGAGGUAAUUGUCACUCUUCUUGUGAUUUGUGCUCAUAAGACACUUAUCCAAAUUAUCUAUAUAGAAUGAAUGAAGAUUAUUUA